UCUUUAGGCCUAGCCUCCCCAUUCUUUCCUUUCAAAUCCCUCUGUUUCUCUCUGUCCAUUUCUCUCUCUCUCUAAACGUGCUUGGGUUGUGGGGGUUAAGAAACCCUUUCAAUCUGAAAAAGGGUUUUUGCAGUUGAAGAAGGAAGAGGCAAAACUGGGUGGAGGAGAUGAGUGCGUCCAGGUUCAUAAAGUGUGUCACUGUUGGGGAUGGAGCGGUGGGCAAGACUUGUAUGCUCAUCUCUUACACCAGCAACACUUUCCCAACGGAUUAUGUGCCUACUGUGUUUGACAAUUUCAGUGCAAAUGUGGUUGUGGAUGGGAGCACAGUGAACUUGGGGUUGUGGGAUACUGCUGGGCAGGAGGAUUACAAUAGACUCAGACCAUUGAGCUACCGUGGGGCAGAUGUGUUCUUACUUGCAUUCUCUCUAAUCAGCAAGGCCAGCUAUGAAAAUGUUGCCAAGAAGUGGAUUCCUGAAUUGAAGCAUUAUGCACCUGGUGUUCCAAUUAUUCUUGUUGGAACAAAGCUUGAUCUUCGCGAUGACAAGCAGUUCUUAGCUGAUCACCCUGGUGCAGUGCCAAUUACCACAGCGCAGGGAGAGGAACUAAAAAAGCUGAUUGGAGCUCCGAUUUACAUAGAAUGUAGCUCGAAAACACAGCAGAAUGUGAAAGCAGUCUUUGAUGCCGCCAUUAAAGUGGUUCUGCAGCCGCCAAAGCAGAAGAAGAAAAAGAAGAGAAAGGCAAAUAAUGCCUGCUCCAUAUUGUAAUUGCUGUGUUCAGAACAGUGUGACUAAUUAGUCAUUUAUCCAUUAAUCUCUCACAGACUGCAGUCACUGUUAUCUUUUCCACCUCAAGGAAGCAGCAGCUGAGCAUGGUAGUUUCGACUGAUAGAUGUAGGAGCUCCUUUUACACAUCAAGUUCGUUUGCUCUAUCUGGCUGUGUUCUGAUUGUAUAUUAGUGAUUUGAACUACCUGUUUGGUGAAUUCUUUAUUUUCUUUGGAUUAGAUUUCCCUAAUGUACUCUAUAUAUAGUACUGAUACAUUUUUUUUUUAUCAAAUUCAUGAUUCUAUAUAAAUGGUAAUAUACUACUGCAGUCCUCAUUUUAAAAGUUCUCA